AUGGGAAAUAAUUUGUUCUUCCCCUCAUCAAGGAAGCAUAGCAGCAGCGCUAAAAACAGCAGAAUUACAAGAAGAUAUCAAGCUGAGGAAACCGAAGGAAGGAGAAUAAUUCCGCCGCCAUCUUUCUUCCAUUCAUCACGACCGUUUAUUCCCAAGGAAAAACCCACCAUUUUUAUGGCCAGUAGUAGUGUUAGUACCAUCAAGAACAACAAUAAUAUUAGCAAAGGCAAGAACAAGAAGUAUGAGUACAUCCCUGAUAAUUUCUCAUCUCUUGAUCAGGUCACGGCUGCUUUAAGGGAGUCUGGUUUAGAGUCAUCAAAUUUGAUAGUUGGAAUAGAUUUUACUAAAAGCAAUGAAUGGACAGGCAGAGUUUCGUUCAAUAAGAAAAGCCUCCAUGCCAUUGGUGAUGCACCUAAUCCAUAUGAGAGAGCCAUAUCUAUCGUUGGAAAGACUUUGGCUCCCUUUGAUGAAGAUGAUCUGAUUCCUUGUUUUGGUUUUGGUGAUGUGACCACACAUGAUCAAGAAGUCUUUAGCUUUCACAAUGACCAUUCUCCUUGCCAUGGUUUUGAAGAAGUUUUAGAUUGCUAUAGGAGGAUAACUCCAAAUUUGCAACUGUCAGGGCCAACUUCAUAUGCACCAGUUAUAGAUGCUGCAGUAGACAUUGUUGAGAAAAGCGGUGGACAAUAUCACGUUUUGGUUAUCAUUGCAGAUGGCCAGGUUACGCGAAGUGUUAACACAAGUGAUCAGGAACUCAGCCCACAGGAAGAAAAGACUAUUAAAUCCAUAGUCAAUGCAAGUUCGUAUCCACUCUCCAUUGUUCUGGUUGGAGUUGGUGAUGGUCCAUGGGAAGACAUGAAAAAAUUUGAUGAUAAGAUUCCAGCUAGAGAGUUCGAUAACUUUCAGUUUGUAAAUUUUACUGAAAUAAUGAGCAAAUAUCGAAGUGAUUCUGAAAAAGAAACAGCAUUUGCUCUGGCUGCCUUGAUGGAAAUCCCUUUGCAGUACAAAGCAACCAAAGAAUUUGGUCUAUUGGGAAGAGCAAAAGGUAGAGCAAAGAGGAUAGUUCCACGCCCGCCACCAGUUCCUUACUCGCGGCGUGCAACAUCAGACCUGCAGCAAUCGAGUAAUAUCACAACUGAUGUUCCAGAAGAUAGAAAUCAGGUCUGUCCUAUUUGCUUAACUAAUGGAAAGAAUAUGGCAUUUGGUUGUGGACACAUGACCUGCAGAGAAUGUGGAUCAAAGUUGUCAAACUGUCCGAUUUGUCGCUUGCCGAUAACUAGUCGCCUCAGGCUUUAUACUUGA